GAGCUCGAGCUGUCGAGAAAGCUUCGCAACCGUUGCGACCUCGUGUCGCGUUCGUGCCCCCAACGACGAGAUUUCCACGCCCAUUCUAUGAACCCUAGGUCCGCCCUCCCCCCGCCGUUUCCUGCCUGGCCUGCAUCGAAUCCAGCAUCGCCGGUAGCCGGCGAUUUCUACGAUUCCCCCAGCUCGACUUCCUCGGCCACGAUCUGAAGCCUUGGCGUCCCGCAGCGACUGGAUCUGGCCGCCGUGGAUGGAUUCUAGUCGUAUUCCGUAAUGUGUCGCCUGGACAUCGUGGGGCGUAGAGGGAGCUGAAGUCGGUGUUCUGAAAACGGGCAUCCUUUGCUGGAUUUGCUCACGUCGGGAAAGGGUCGAUCUUGAUUGGUAGAGGUGGUCAAUCCUCGUCCAGGAGAGUUCCUAUUUGAAAAUGGACUUGCCUGAUAUCAGCGAGGAAUUGGCCCUUACAGAAGGGCAGAUCAACGAUAUAUUUCGGGCUUUAUCAAGUGGAUUUCAAAAACUGGAUAAGAUCAAGGAUGCCAACAGACGAAGUAGACAGUUAGAGGAACUGACUGACAAGAUGAGGGAAUGCAAGAGACUUAUCAAGGAGUUUGAAAGGGUCGCGAAGCAAGAGGAGACUAGGAAUCCACAGGAUAAAAAUAGGAUGCUGAAUGAGAGAAAACAAUCAAUGAUUAAAGAACUGAACUCAUAUGUUGCUCUGAAAAAGCAGCAUGCAAGUGAAAAUAAAAGGAUUGAUCUCUUUGAUGGACCUGGUGGUGAUGGGUUUGGGGAAGAAAAUGUUCAAUUGGCAUCAUCGAUGACAAAUCAACAGUUGAUGGAUCAUGGAAACCAUAUGAUGGAUGAAACGGAUCAGACUAUUGACAGGGCAAAGAAGGUUGUCGAAGAGACGAUCAAUGUUGGAGCAGAAACUGCAGCUUCUCUCAAGGCACAGACCGAACAAAUGAGUAGAAUCGUAAAUGAACUUGAUUCAAUCCAGUUUUCCAUCAAGAAAGCAUCUAAACUGGUGAAGGAAAUUGGAAGACAGGUGGCGACUGAUCGGUGCAUAAUGGCGAUGCUCUUCCUUAUAGUGAUGGGAGUUAUAGCAAUUAUAAUUGUAAAGCUUGUGCAUCCAAAUAACAAAGACAUAGUGGACAUUCCUGGACUUGCUCCUCCAGCUGCAAGGAAACUUCUGUAAUAUCUAUAUCACUAUUGGAUUUCAUAUUCUUCCUCAUGCACGGUAUUUGCCAUCUAUUAUUGAAUACUUUCUCUAUUUUAUGUGUUCUUUUCUUUUGUUUUUUCAUCACUUUUUAUGGUCAGAACAACAUUUUGUUUUAUAAAGAUGUAUAUGGUCUGCCUUGCUUAAAUUUCACGGUUUAUUUAUAUAUUUGUUCGAAAGUUUGAAACUGCAUUUGGAACAGUCUGAUAUUCUUCCUCAUUCAAUCUAAUAUUUGUCAUCACUCAGCUUUAUCCAUUGUGUUGCUUCCUUUGAUUUUUUUUAACCACUUUUAUGUUUUUUUAUCAGUAUAAAUUUUGAUUAAUCAGAGCAACAUUUUGUCUAUGAAGAUGUAUAUGGUAUAUAUCCAACCCAAAGUUUAUGGUCUAUUUCUGCAUUUGUUAACUGAAAUUGCAUUUGGGACCGUUUGAAUCUGAUGAUCCUUAAGCUUUAUUUGAAAGGAGAGGAGAUAGGAUUUGAGGAGGGAAUCCAUGGAGUUAUUUACUCCUGUUCAACAAUCAAGAGGAAGGGAGCUAAAAUAUCUUAAUGGUUUGCUUGUUUGUGCCUUAACAUCUCUACCUUCAUUUACGCUAAUCCUUUCUUCUGUUGGCUACAAUGCGACUGUUACCCGAAGCCGUCACGCUCAUUGCCAAUGACACUUGUUCACCUUCGUGCUCUCUGUCAAAGCCCUUGCAUUCGUUGCCCAUUGUUGAUUCUCACUGUGAGUUUCCAGAACACGAAGCUGACCAGGCUAAAUAUUCGUCACUGUUGCUUGUUCUCAUAGUUCACCAAGCAAAUGAAGAAUAUCUCUAAUAUCAA